CCAGUACUUUAUCAAAUUUCCCUCAUAGUGCGGAAUGGUGCUGACCAUAAUAAUACUGACUUAUUUUGCAAUAACGGCUAGUGCCCUUCCACAAUGUUCGUGGAGGCCUUACGCAUCGUGCACGAAGAUCAAGUGCGUCGAGUUUUCCGGUCAAUCACUCCCUACACUAAAUUAUGAAGAAAAUUCCAACAGCACUUGCUUUAUUAUCGAAAUUGGUCACUCGAACAUGUCCAGCCUGAACGAGUUUAAAUUGGACUUCGUAAGUAAGGUACAGGAAUUCAUUUUGACUAAUGUCCAAUUGCAAAGAAUGGGCGAGACGGUUUUUGACAAAUUCAGCAGUGUACAACGCAUCCACUUGGACCAAAAUCUGUUGCAGGAGGUCAAAUUUGUAACCCCACUGCCUAGCUUACAGGAGCUUUAUUUGAAGAACAACAGGAUAAAGAAGGCUAGCUUUGAGCCGUUGACCAACUUGCGGGUGCUCAUCUUAGAUUUUAACAAUUUGACUUCUACGGAUGGAUUGACCUGCACGUUAACUGAGCUGGUUGAGUUCACUGCCGUCGGUAACCAAAUCGGAAAUAUCGGUGACUGUUUUAAGUCGAAUAAAGGAUUGAAAACUUUGAACCUGGCAUUUAACCGCGUUACCGAAAUUAGUGGUGACGCUCUGAGCGGACUGACCAAGUUAGAGACACUUUUCUUGGAUAAUAACCGAAUAAGAAAAAUUGCCCCAAACGCGUUUGACUCCCUCGUCUCGCUUGAAAGUAUCAAUUUGCAGAAAAACGCCCUAUAUUCUUUAAGCGUGAACACAUUCAAUGCGCUAAGGGUACUUCGCUCUCUGUCUUUGGAAGGUAACAAGCUGACCAGUUUGGAGCCUGGGACGUUUCAAAAUUUGUCACGUUUGAGACACUUGGAGCUUGGACAGAACCAACUGUCGCGAAUUAAAAAUGGUACCUUCCGGGGUUUGGAAAGCAUCGACUAUAUAGAUCUAUCAAGCCAAAUGCUUAAAGAAUUGGAUGAGGACGCGUUCGAUGGAUUACCCAAUGUGGCUCAUCUGGAUCUUAGCAUGAAUUUCAUUUGGAGAAUCAAAGCGAAUGCGUUUCGUAGUCUCGCAUCUUGCCUUCACCUCAAUCUACGACAAAAUUUCCUGCUGUUGCAGCCCAACGUGUUUAAUGGUUUAAAGAAUCUGCACAUUCUCGAGCUUGGUGGCAAUACAAAUUUAGGCGAAUUACCGCUUAAUGGGUUUAAUGGAUUAGAAUUGCUUGGCCGCCUUGAUUUAUCGAAUUUGACAAUUAAAUCAAUUAACGAUGGCGCGUUUAACGGACUAUUCGGAUUAAAAAUGCUGGAUCUACAGCACAAUGAAUUAAAAACGUUAGAGGCGGAGACCUUUAUGGGCCUAUCUGACUUGCAAAGCCUCGAUUUGAGUUACAACCUGAUUGAGGAGAUUAGGCCAAAUGCCUUUUAUGACUUGCACAAAGUUACGACCCUCAAAUUAAAACAAAAUAGCAUCAAGAGGCUCGGGAAGGGCUCGUUUCAAGGUCUCCGAUCGCUUGUGGUGCUUGACCUUAGCAAUCAGGCAGUAUCAAGUGUCGAACCAUCGUCGUUCAUGGGUCUCGAUGGGCUUGUAACUUUAUCCCUAAACAACAACAACCUCACCACUCUACCACCGGGAGCACUUUCUGGUCUGAGAAAACUGGCCAAGCUUGAUUUGAGUGCGAAUAAAAUUGAGAAUAUUUCGAGCAAAGUUUUUGACGACGUCCCUUUCUUGGAGGUCCUACAGUUGGAAGAAAAUGUAAUCACCACUAUCGAGCCGGAUUCGUUUCUGCAGCUCAACCGCUUGGCCUCACUUAAUUUAUCAUUAAACAACUUAUUCAUCCUACAGGAAUCGAUCUUCAAUGGAUUAUCCGCGGUUACCACUUUGGAUCUGAAUUUCGCACGGAUUAGAAAAAUAGAAAUGGGGGCGUUUAAGGGAUUUGAGACGUUGAAAGAUUUGGAUUUGAGCAAAAAUUCCGUUAGCGAAAUAUUUCCCAAAACCUUCAUUGGAUUACCCAAAUUGAGUACGCUUAAGUUAGGUGUGCAUAUGUCGUACUUGCACUCAAAUGCCUUCCAAGGGCUUGAAGCGGUUCGAUCUCUUACAGUUAGUAACUGCCACCUCAUAGAGUUGCCAGAAGCGGUAUUUAAGGGAAUGACUGGUUUGGAGAACCUAAUCUUUGAGCAAUCCGAUCUGGUAACCAUCAAACCAAAGGCUUUCGAUGGAUUAGUCAACCUACAGCACCUUCGCUUUGACGACACCAAAAUAACUAACAUGGAACUUGGCGCUUUCAGUAGUCUUUCCAAAAUUAGGUCCACAGGCACUAUACUGGAUCCCAAUUAUGGCCUCAUCCAGUACAACUUCAGCAGGAUGUCCAUUCAACGUAUCGAUUCGGGCGCGUUUGCAGGAUUGGGUAAACCAGGCAAUGUGAUUUACCUCGAUCUCGACGGAAAUAAGAUAUUUAAAAUUGUGACCGACAACUUUGUUGGUCUCGAAGGUAUGCGCACUCUAGACUUGACCGAAAACGUAAUAGAGGAGUUGCAACCAAAUUCCUUUCGAACCUUCAAAAAUCUCAUACACUUGUCGUUGGGCUUUAACAAAAUUCAAGACCUGCAACCAGAGGUUUUUAAUGGUCUCGUAUCAUUGCGAUACCUCAAUUUAAGACAGAACAAAAUUAAGUCUCUUUCCGGGAACCGGUUUCGUCUACUCAGAAAUCUAGCGACGCUGAUAGUUUCCAAUAAUUCUUUAGCCGAGAUUCCCGUGGAUGCUUUCGGAAACCUGCCAAUUAAUACGUUAGACGUUGACGCAAAUUCUAUUAGGGCUGUCCACCAAAAUACUUUUAAUGAACUUCCGAAGCUGAUCAAUUUAAAUAUCUCCCACAAUGAUCUUAUUGACAUCGGCUGGUUGAAAGCCCUUGGCCUAGCUCAUUCGAUAAGGAAUUUAGACCUGAGCUACAAUCAUCUCAAGGAAAUUGACAAUAAGAAUCUGGGUUUAUUUCUUCGACGCAUUGACAUUAACGGCAACAACAUUUCCUGCGACAACCUGCGGAAGAUUUUAUGGACCCUCAGGGUGUUUAGAGUAGUAUAUCGAAAGUAUCCUUUAUACGGUUUGGGCUCGGUUGACAACGUCAGUUGCGUUCCAACGCAAUUCUCGUUACCCAAGAACGAAGCGGGUGUCAAAGAGGACUUCUCUGGUUUGGAAGCGCUUUUGAAUGACACCAGUGGAAUUGUGGACGCCAUCGUAACAGACAUUGCCGAUUCAUCUACUGACGAAAAUGAGAUUGCCGAAAAACACUUUGGCGAACUAGCGAAGAUGAUGGACGAGCUGAGCGUGAAGGCGAAGAAGAUCAACGUCAGGUACCGUUCGAAGCAAGCGUACGAUGUCGAUAUCUACCAGUCGCUGCUGAUCAUUCUGUGCGUGGUUUUUUGUUUGUCGCAGGUUAUGGGCGUUUACAAAAAGUUCGUCGGCAGUCAGACCAACAUACGUUUCAGGCGGGAACACUCUGAAAUUGAUCUGUUCGCUGAAACUAGUCCAAACCCGUCGAGUUAGGCUUGCAUUGCAGUUUUUGUAUGCAAUUAUACUAUCAAAAAUACUGUUCUGUUUGUUUUCCUUUAUCGCAGACGAUGACAACCACACUCCUUCUGUAUGACUCCACAGUGUUUUUUGUGCAUUAAGGUAUUUCCCUUCGUGUUUGCAUCUUUCCAUUCAUUGAUCUUCCCUUUUAGACUCAAUUCCAUCGGUUGUUAAUCCGAUUCUAUCCCAGUAUCUACCCUAAAUUCAUCUAUUUCUUCCA